UUUUCUAUUUUUUUCCCUUUUCUUACGGAGUUGCCCGAACUGUCUACGCUCCACUUCCUCCGGGUGAGGUCAAAUCGCGCGAACGUCUUCCGUGCGCCGUGAUGUCAUUUCCCGUUCAGUGAGGUCAAAAUAUCCAGGAUUUUACAAGAGCGCUUUUAUCACCACGAGUCCGUCUCAGCUGGGGUUUAAAGGACUGAGGUGUCGGAGGUGUGCAGAUGGGGGAAGUCAGGAAACUGCAGAAGAAGUUGAGGCAGAUUGAGAACCUGGAGCUUAAAGUUUCUCUCACCCCAGAAGAAGCAGUGAAGGUCUCAAAGAAGGCGGAGCUUCGCAGCAGAUUGGCUGAGCUCCUGCUGCAACUUUCUGGCCCGCAGCAAACCCAAUAUAUUGUGGGCGAAGAGGGGGAUAAAAUGAAAAGACAAGUAGAGAGCAGAACCGAGCAUCACACUGAUCACACUCCGGCUGUGAAGCUAGCACGUAAAGACCACCAGGAGACAGAGGAUAAAACAAAAAGUGGAGCAGAGCAGGAGAUAAAAGAGAGAGAGACUGGAAUACAAAGCCAGAAGCUUCCAGACCCAGACGCUGAAUUCUCAUCUCUUAAAGCAUUGUGGGAAAAGGCCAAGUUUCGCCUCAGGACUCUAAAAGGUCACAGUGACAUCAUCACUUGUGUAGCUGCCGUGGACAACCUUGUGAUUUCUGGAAGUCGUGAUACCACAGUGAAGGUGUGGCACGUUCCCACGGCAACGGAGCAGCGCAAUCUCGGAGGUCACAGCGGCGGCGUCACUUGUCUAAGUACACCACCUGCAGAAUACUGCAGGAAAUUAGCAUCUGCUCUGCAUCUGUCUGAGAAGGAAAGGUUUAUCAUAAGUGGCUCUACCGACUGCUGUGUACGAAUAUGGACUCUGAGCUCUGGCCAGUGCGUGAAAUCAAUCUACACUUUUAAUGCUGUCACAAGCCUGUGCGUCAUAGCGGAGUGGGAGGGCUACAUUGUGACAGGCUCAGAUGCUGGGAAGCUGCAGGUGUGGGACUGGCUCUCUCAGGAGAACCGUCAAUCAGUCAACGUGCACCUGGAUGCUGUCACGACACUACAGUCCCAUGGUCCUCUGGUGUUCAGUGCCUCGACCGACGGGAGCGUGUGUGUAUGGGAGGUGUAUGAUGGAGCAGCAGAGCCCCUAAAACAGAUCCAGCACUGGGGGUCAGAGGUGACUGGCUGCAGCAGGAUUGAUGAUGUCACUGGGAAGCUGAGACUGAGUGCCCGAGGCGACCACAUAUUCCUGGCUAAUGGGAGAUCCAGCAUCCGUGUGCUCAACUGGAGAACAGGCACAAUGAGGCGAUUGACCAAUCACAGCAGCACUGCUGGCGUCACAGAUUGUGUCAAUCAAAUACCAGGGCUUCUAGUUGCCUCGUGCUUUGACCUCACCAGUGGUGGGAAUACUCUGAACUUGUUUUCUCUUCCCGAAUGCAGGUACCUUGUCUCACUCACCAGCUCAGAUUUAUCACGGAUCCUGUGUUUUGCAGCAUGGCUCACACCAAGUGGGGGUCAUCGCUGGGUGACAGGUGGCCGUGACCUCACAGUUUGGGAACAACUUCCAGGAAAUGGAAAAAAAAGAGGUGACGUGAACGCGAAGCGAGACAGCCGAUUGGACGGUUUGCUUGCGGAGUCUGACGGAGACUCGCAGGAGGAGAGUGAUGAAGAUGACGAUGAUGAUCAUGAUGAUGAUGAAGACUCCACCAUUACCGAUGCAGAAGAGGUGUCCGGAUCGUCGUGGUUACGCUGCGUCCUGCAGUGAGAGAGAGAAAGAAACGAGAGACAGGCUGAGAACGAGAAAGGAAGAGCUUAAACGUGAGGUGUGAAGUUUAGCAGAUUGCGUGAGUGGCGUCAGGGCAGAGAGCGCGGGUGGACAACAGCUUGUUCUUCAUGUAAAUGUUGCAUCAUGGAGCCAAUAAACGUGCCAUGCUAUAACUAUGUGUGUGUGUGUGAGUGAGGUUAUUUAUCAUCACUGACAUUUCUGUCCAUAAAUAUCAGGAUCCCUCUUCAUUGUGGCUUUCCUUCACCCAAUACCAAAUGAAUGUAUAUUGAUUUUUUUUUUGUGCCUCUGCCCAUUUUUUUAAUCCUGUCUGUCGAGAAAUGAAUGAAAUACUUCUUCCUGAUCCCUACGUCAUUGCUAGAAUAUGAAAAUAUUUUUUGCUCUAUUUUAUCUUUUUGCUUCUAGCUUCAAAAUCCAUUCCAUUUUCCUCCUCCCCUGUUCUGUUUAAUUGAACCAGUUAAAAAGCAUAAUUAGCAUUUAAAUCUGUCUUUUACAGGAGCAACCACCUCUCUCUCUCUCUCUCUCUCUCUCUC